GUGAGUAUAAAUACGAGGCAUUUCGCUUAGAAGCUGCCAGUCGUAAAAGUCGUGAAGUAAAAAAUGAAAUUCUACGUUUUUCUAAUUGCCCUGUUUGGCUUGGUGUUUGCCGAAGUCAAAUCAAUACCUCGUGAAGAACUCACAAAUUCCCGCCUGGAAUGCUUGAUUCAAAACCCCAAGGCUAGUAAAUACUUUGUAAAUCUAUUAAAUUUACAGUACGCGGAUGUACCAGAGGUACACUCAUAUAUGGAUUGUGUGGCUGAUAAAUUGGGUUUAUGGGACAUCAAAACUGGACAACCUAAUGUGGAACGACUUGCCGCAUUAUUCUCCGUGGACCCAAAUAAUGCUGAAGAUAUGGAUAUAAUUAAAAAUUGUGUUGUUAAUUCCGAGGAGGUAGAGGCACAUGGACGUCCCGGAUACUUGUGUAUAUUGUAUACGAGGCUUGGAGACAAUCUAAAGAAAUAUCUCGUGGGAGCAUAAUUAUAAUCACAAUGAUUAUUAAUAACGAAUGACUAUCGUUCUUAAAUUCCAUACAAAAACUACUUAAAAUUUGGUAUCUUAAUUAAAAUGUGGACCAUCUUUGAGUUAUUUUUUUUUCGUAUUAAAAUAAAUGAUUUUACAGAGCAAGCAAUUAGA